AUGACAUUCGGAAUUUGUAAUACUGAUAUCAAUUCACUGGUGGAAAUCACCUCAAGAAAGAUCAUCAAACCAUCAUCUCCCACUCCUCAUCUCAACAGAAUUCUUAACCUCUCUCUUUACGACCAAUUUUUUCCUUCGACUCUAUAUCCAACCAUCCUAUGGUUCUACGAAAACCAUAGCGAUUCUGGUUUUGCUUCCGAAACUUCAGAGACCAGAAAAUCUCAGCGCUUGCAAGAGUCUCUAUCUGAAGCUUUAGUUCACUUCUAUCCACUGGCUGGCCGGCUCAAAAGCUCGGCGUUGGUUGAGUGCAACGAUGAAGGGGCUCAUUUUCUUGAAGCCCAAGUUAACUGCCAACUUUCGGACUUUCUCAAGCAACCCAAUCCCGAGUUGAUCAACCACUUUAUUGCCGAAAAUGAUCCCGAAACAGGCCAAGUAGGUUUGGGAUAUGUACUCUUGUUUGUUCAGAUUAGCUUUUUCAAGUGUGGAGGAAUCGUUGUUGCUAUAUCCCCUUCACACAAGAUUGCAGAUGCAGCAUCACUCCUCACAUUCGCGCGAACAUGGGCAGCAAUAAACCGCAACGAUGGAAUCCUUGGAGUGAAAUUGGUACAACCGGAGUUUACUGGAGGGUCUUUGUUACCCCCUAGAAGAGAUUUACCCUUGGUGUCCAUCAACGCCGCAUCGAAAAUCCAAAGUCAAAAUUUAGUUACAAGAAGGUUUGUGUUCGAUGUCUCAAAGAUAGCCGGUCUGAAGGCCAAAAUUGGGAGUGCAGUCCAAACCUUCAUCCCAUCACAUGUAAACCUAGUUCUGGCUAUCAUAUUGAAAUGUUCUGUUGCUGCUUCCCGUCAAUGCCAGCCUGAGAGUUCGACGAGGGCAACGGAGCUGUCCCAGAUGAUGAGCUUCCGCAAAAGAAUGGUCCCCGAGAUAUCAGAAAAUGUCAUGGGGAACUGGUUUUGGCCACUACAAGUGGUAUUCAGAGCAAAUGAGACCGAGUUACACGAGUUAGUGAGCAAUAUGAGGCAAUCAGCGGCAGAUUUCUGGAAAAUAUUUAAAUGUGAGGAAGGAUUCUUGGUGGUGUCCGAGUUUAUGAGAAAGCAUGCUGAUCCUUUUAAGAGGAACGAAGGCGUAAACUUUUACAGGACCACAAGCUUGUGCAAACUUCCUGUAUAUGAAAUGGAUUUUGGAUGGGGAAAACCUGCGUGGGUCACCAACCAUAUCGUCCAAAAGAACGUAAUUCGGUUGCUGGACACAAAACAGCAAGAUGGUAUCGAAGCUUGGGUGACCCUUGAUGAACAAGAAAUGGCCAUAUUUGAGUCUGAUCAGGAGCUUCUUGAAUUUGCUUCCGUCAACCCUAGCAUCACUUGCCAUUCCGGGCCGGUCCUGAGUUUUCUAAAGCCCAGGGCAAGGAUCUAA